GAAGUCACGAGUGGCUUAAGUUGAUAGUAGCAAAUCUAACGCCCACGAAUUCCUAUUCGGAGAACAUCAGGAGAGAAAAUAUGGUUGGUAUUAGCAGCAACAUUUCCCUCUCUACAGUUUCGACAUACCCACUUGAAAAUAGAAUUUUGUUGUUGAUGAGAAAGAAACCCACAUGCAAUUUUAUGGUCUUUAAGAGUUGCUUUCAAAUGGGCAGAACUGGAAUCCAUUGUAAGUUGAGUGGAGUUGAGGACAACCCCACAGGAAAGAACUUAUCAUUGAGCUCAACAAACAGGAUGGAAGAGUAUAAUAUUGCCAUGAAAAGGAUGAUGAGGAACCCAUACGAGUAUCAUCAUGAUCUUGGUAUGAACUACACAUUGAUAACUGAUAAUGUGAUUGUGGGAUCCCAACCUCAGAAACCUGAAGAUAUAGAACAUCUAAGACAUGAGGAGAAUGUGGCCUACAUUCUAAACUUGCAGCAGGACAAGGACAUCGAGUAUUGGGGUAUUGACUUGCAGUCUAUUAAACAGAGAUGUCAACAACUUGGAAUCCGUCAUAUGAGAAGGCCUGCUACAGAUUUCGAUCCAGAUUCCUUGAGAAGUGCAUUACCCAAAGCUGUUUCAUCGUUGGAAUGGGCUACUUCUGAGGGAAAAGGCAGAGUGUACCUACAUUGCACAGCUGGACUGGGAAGAGCCCCUGCUGUUGCUAUAGCUUACAUGUUCUGGUUUUGUUGCAUGAAUCUUAAUACAGCUUAUGAUACACUAACUUCGAAGAGACCUUGUGGACCCAGUAAGAGAUCGAUACAAGCAGCUACUUAUGAUCUAGCCAAGAAUGAUCCAUGGAAGGAGCCCUUUGAGAGUCUACCAGAAUAUGCUUUUGAAGAUAUAGCAGAUUGGGAGAGGCACUUGAUUCAAGAUCGUGUCCGUUCCCUCCGUGGAACAUAAGCAUUUAAGGAUAAUUUCAUUUGAUAAAGCAGCUACGAGGAGAAACUCAAAUCAAUCAACCGCAAAGGGCUGGUUUCAUGGGACGAGGGAACUUGCAGGGCAGGCAAAUGGUAGCUCAUGGCUAGAGAUGACCUUGGAACCUGUGCACUUUGUUAAAAUAAAUGAAAAAAAGUGAGGCAGAGGAACUCCGAUUAGCACAGUUUAAUAGCAGUAAUGGAAGCUUUACCUGUAUCAAAUGUACAAUAAUGGUACUUAUGUACCUAAUAUUGGGAAACUCCGUGAAUUAGUGCAGGUGUAAUAAUAAUCUUGGAGGAUUUAUCAAA